AUGUCUUCUUCUUCCCCUCACGACCGUCUUUCCUCCAUCACAUCACACAUCAUGGGCUCUUCCAAUCCUUCAGUAUUCACCGCAGCCACUGUGGCUGCUGCGCCCGAAGAUCCUCUGUUUGGUCUGAUGAAGGCCUAUCGUGAGGACCCCUCUGAUAAGAAGGUCGAUCUGGGUAUUGGUGCCUACCGCGACAAUAACGCAAAGCCCUGGAUUCUCCCUGUUGUGAAGAAGGCCGACAACGCCAUCCACAAUGAUCCCAAUCUCAACCACGAAUACCUCUCCAUCGGCGGCCUGGCUGAUUUCACCUCCGCCGCCCAGAAACUCAUUGUAGGCGCCGACAGCGCCGCAAUCAAAGACAAGCGAAUCUGCUCCCUCCAAACAAUCUCCGGAACAGGCGCCGUCCACCUAGGAGGCCUCUUCCUCUCGAAAUUCCACCCCCAAAAACCAACAAUCUACCUCUCAAACCCAACAUGGGCAAACCACAACCAAAUCUUCACCAACGUCAACCUCCCAAUCGCAAAAUACCCCUACUUCCACGCUAGCACCAAGGGCCUCGACUUCGAAGGCAUGAUGCAAACCCUCACGACUGCCCCCGAGGGCUCAAUCAUCCUCCUCCACGCCUGCGCCCACAACCCAACAGGCGUCGACCCAACCCAGGACCAAUGGAAACAAAUCGCAGCCGUCAUGCGCGCACGCUCCCACUUCCCCUUCUUCGACACCGCCUACCAAGGCUUCGCAUCAGGCGAUCUUGCCCGCGACGCCUGGGCAAUCCGCUACUUCGUCGAGCAAGGCUUCGAACUGUGCGUCGCGCAGUCCUUCGCCAAGAACUUCGGCCUGUACGGCGAGCGCACGGGCGCCUUCCAUUUCGUUUCCGCGCCGGGUCCCGAUGCUGCUGCUUCCUCGGCGAAUAUCGCUUCGCAGUUGGCUAUCCUGCAGCGGUCGGAGAUCUCGAACCCGCCUGCGUAUGGUGCGCGCAUUGCCAGUCGCGUGCUUAAUGAUCCCGUUCUGUUUGCGGAGUGGGAGGAUGACCUGCGCACUAUGAGUGGGCGGAUUCUGGAGAUGAGGGCUGGUCUGCGGGAGCGCCUUGAGAAGAGGGGCACGCCUGGUGAUUGGAGUCAUAUUACUUCGCAGAUUGGCAUGUUUAGUUUUACGGGGCUUACUGAGGCGCAGGUCUUGACGCUGCGCGAGAAGUGGCAUGUCUAUAUGACGAAGAAUGGGCGCAUUUCGAUGGCUGGUCUCAAUACUCAUAAUAUCGAUUACUUUGCCGAGGCUGUCGAUAGUGUUGUGAGGGGUUCGGCUUAG